AUGAAGCUGCAGGACGAGGCGGGCGGCGCGCGGGGGGCCGCGGGCGGCGACGACUCCCUGGGCUCGGACGGCGACUGCGCGGCCAACAGCCCGGCGGCGGGCGGCGGGGGGCGCGGCGCGGCGGAGGGCGCGGCGGCGGGGCGCGCGGAGGGCGCGGGGGAGGCGGGGGAGGGCGCGGCGGCGGGGCGCGCGGAGGGCGCGGGGGCCGCGGGGGCCGCGGGGGGCGCGGGGGCCGGCGAGGGCGCGCGCCCCAAGCCGUACACGCGGCGGCCCAAGCCGCCCUACUCGUACAUCGCGCUCAUCGCCAUGGCCAUCCGCGACUCGGCCGGGGGCCGCCUGACGCUGGCCGAGAUCAACGAGUACCUCAUGGGCAAGUUCCCCUUCUUCCGCGGCAGCUACACGGGCUGGCGCAACUCGGUGCGCCACAACCUGUCGCUCAACGACUGCUUCGUCAAGGUGCUGCGCGACCCCUCGCGGCCCUGGGGCAAGGACAACUACUGGAUGCUCAACCCCAACAGCGAGUACACCUUCGCCGACGGGGUCUUCCGCCGCCGCCGCAAGCGCCUGGGCCACCGCGCGGGGGGCCCCGCGGCCGGACCGCGGCCCGACGACGCGGCGGCCCAGCCCCCCGCGGCCCAGCCGCCCGCGGCCCAGCCCGCGCCCGCCUCGCCCGGCCGCCGGGAGGGGCGCGCCAGCCCCGCGGGCAGGUUCUCCAGCUCGUUCGCCAUCGACAGCAUCCUCAGCAAGCCGUUCCGCAGCCGCCGCGCCGCGGACGCGGGCCCCGGGGCGCACCUGCCGUGGGCCGCCUCGCCCUGCGCGCCGCUGCCCGCCUGCCCCGCGCUGCUCCCGGCGCCUCGGGCGCCCCUGCUGCCGCUGUGCGCCUACGGGGCCGCCGAGCGCGCGCUGCUGGGCCCCGACGCGCCGCCCCCGCUGCUCGCGCCCUCGCCAAGGGGCCGCGCGGCCCCGCGCACCUGGCCUCUUAAAUCCUACAUGGCAUUCAGCUGUGCCCUUCUCACUGAGGGCAGGAUGGCCUACGGCGUGGGUGCCUGGUCCGCCUCAACAUGGGAACCAUCUCAAGGGCCACCGUUGAAAAAGGACAUCAUGCCGGGUCCUAUCCUCUGUGUGCUCUUCCCGCAUUCAGACAAAUUGUCUUCUUCACCUGGCCAGUUAGCCAAGAAAGGUCAAGGGGCUGGCCCCAGCAGCUUGCUGGCCUCGGAGCGCCCAGAGUCCAAACAUAAAACACAUCUGUCCGUAGACAAACACAACUUCCCCUUCGCCCUUGUGGAGGAUGAAGAUGUGUUGUUGGUGCUGAGCAGCUCCAGCUCCAAGGUGCCAGCGGUCUGCGGAUAA